GCAGCAGAAUGUCAAGUUGCAAUACCAAACAACUCUCUGCUCGGCCGCUUUCGAUAGAUGAAAAUUACUAGUUUUCGCUGUGAUUUUGUCGCAUAAUCUUGCUUUGUGUAGUGUAACCGGGCUCGGUAGGUCCAUUAUACCACGAUGGACAAUAACUUUGAGCAACAAACGAAUGGCACCUUGGCACCACCGCCAAUGGCGCCCGCGGAGAUGCUGAUGGGUAUGCCCCUAGAAAUGGACGGCGGUGGUGAUGGUGGUGGUGGCGGAUGGCCCAUACAAAUGGUCCCGAUGAUGCAGGACGAACAGCAGCAGGCUUACGCUCAGCAAACUGAACUGGUCGACGAGAGGGAUGUGCCGCAGGAAGAGGACUCGCAAGAACAGCCACAGCCGGAGCUGUCCCCACCGCCAGCGCUGAUGUCGCUGCAGGUGGACAAUCCCGACGAUAGUGCGAAGAAACCGUCCGAAUUGGUACUGCCGAAAGCGCUGGAGGACGUACUGGCACUGAAGACCAUACGCGCCCAGGAACUGGGAGCCGAGGAAACGCUGGCCGCAGCCGGUUCCGUUUUGCCGGGCUCGUAUCUAGAGCAGGAAGGACAGGCCGAAUCGGACGAUGAGAAUGCAAACGAACCGAGCGCAGCGGACGCGGACGGGGACGAUUCGUCACUGCAUGGCGUAUUUUCAGACGCGGGGCAGACGCGCGUGGAAGGCAAGCAGGACAAAAAUCGGCGCAAAAAGAAACGGAAGAAGGAAAACCGCAAGGCGCGACGUGAGCAGAUGCAAAAAGCACACGAACAGCGGUUACAGCAGCAGCAGCAGCAACAGAAGCAGCCCGAAAGAGUCAACAAAACGCAGCAUUCGAAGCAUAAACCAAUCCGUUCGAAUGAACCGGACCAAGAGCCGAGUGGGGACGGUGGCGAACAUGGGGAAGAGGAGCAACGCACAGCCACGGAGUCGGAGGAUCCGGCGCACUCGGUGGAGGAAAGUGAAGACAAAGAGGACACGGAACCGAACCAGGGCAAGGAACUGAAUGGCGAUCAAGGGAAAAACGGUGACGCGGACGAAGCGGAAGACGAAGAGGCUGCUCAUCGUACAAACGGGCAGAAGGAAGACGGCGACGCAGAACCGGUUGAUCGUGCCGAGAGUGAAGAAAACGACAAAGAGUCGGCACCAGCGACGAAAGCACAGCCAGCGGGCGAGGGAAAGAAAAGCACACCCAGCGAUGAUGAUAUCCUGAAGGAUGUGGAAAUUGAGUACGUGCCGGAAAAGAUGACCAUAGCGGAUCUCGGACCGAUGUAUCGUCAAUUUUACCGCGUGUUUGAAAUCUUCAAGCUCGACACCAAAUCGAAAGAGGCGGUAAAGAGCACGGAGGAGGCCGAGAAGGAGAAGGCGGCCGCCGAGACGAAGAAGGUGGACGACGGCCUGGAUGACGACGACGACGAUCUGGGCGAUCUGGACGAGAAGGACGACAAGGAGAAGAUUUCCAAGCGCAAGCUGAAGAAGCUGAACCGGCUGACCGUGGCCGAGCUGAAGCAGCUGGUGACGCGCCCGGACGUGGUCGAAAUGCACGACGUGACGGCGCGCGAUCCGAAGCUGCUGGUGCAGCUGAAGAGCCACCGGAACACGGUGCAGGUGCCGCGGCACUGGUGCUUCAAGCGCAAGUACCUGCAGGGCAAGCGCGGCAUCGAGAAGCCGCCGUUCGAUCUGCCCGCGUUCAUCAAAAAGACAGGCAUCAUGGAGAUGCGCGCCUCGUUGCAGGAGAAGGACGAGGCGAAGACGCUGAAGGCGAAGAUGCGCGAGCGGGCCCGGCCAAAGAUGGGCAAGAUCGACAUCGACUACCAGAAGCUGCACGACGCGUUCUUCAAAUGGCAGACGAAGCCGCGCAUGACGAUCCACGGCGAUCUGUACUACGAGGGCAAGGAGUUUGAGACGCGCCUGAAGGAGAAGAAACCGGGCGACCUGUCGGAGGAGCUGCGCAUCGCGCUCGGCAUGCCGAUCGGGCCGGCCUGCCACAAGAUACCGCCGCCGUGGCUUAUUGCCCAGCAGCGGUACGGGCCGCCGCCGAGCUAUCCCAACCUGAAGAUACCGGGACUGAACGCCCCGAUCCCGGAGGGCUGCUCGUUCGGGUACCAUGCGGGCGGGUGGGGCAAACCGCCGGUCGACGAAACCGGCAAACCUCUGUACGGCGACGUGUUUGGCGUAGCCGGUAUGGACGGGGAAGGUGGCAUGGGUGAGGAGGAGAUCGAUAGAACGGUUUGGGGUGAGCUGGAGUCAGAAUCGGAAGAAUCGUCCGAGGAGGAGGAAGAUGAAGGGGAAGACAUGACGGUCCAGCCGGACGAGAGUGGGCUGAUCACGCCCGCUGAAGGACUGGUGACCCCGUCCGGACUGACGAGCGGUGUGCCGGCCGGCAUGGAGACGCCGGACACGAUCGAGCUGCGCAAGAAGAAGAUCGAGAGCGAGAUGGAGGAUAAUGAGACACCAGUGCUGUACCACGUGCUGCCUGAGAAGCGAAACGAGCGCAUCGGUGCGGCCAUGAUGGCGUCGACGCACGUGUACGACAUUUCGGCCGCCGGUGGGGGCGGUCCGGCCGGUGCGGGAGGUGGCCCGGCGGCUGGUGCGGGCGGUGGCCGCGGACCGGGUCGUGGCGGUGGGCCGGUGGAUCGGGAGGGUAUGGUCGAGCUGGCGCUCGAUCCGUCCGAGCUCGAUCUGGACAAUGAAGCGAUGGCGCAGCGGUACGAGCAGCAGAUGCGCGAACAGCAAAGCCACCUGCAGAAGGAGGACCUGUCGGACAUGCUGGCGGAGCACGUGGCGCGGCAAAAGUCGAAACGGAAACGGCAGCAAACCGACACGACCAGCAAACAGUCGAAGAAGUACAAGGAGUUUAAGUUCUAGGCGACCAUGGAAAAACAAACAAGACAAACAAACAAAAACACCCCCCGUCUUUUCCCUUCCCUUCUUCAGCAACAGUUGUGUUACAAACUAUUCUUUCAAAGCUUCCCGUUCGUGUGCGUGUUCCGCGAUCUGCGCUGUCCGUUCUUGUAGCGUGUAUUGUAACGUCCUGGCUAUAACCGUCUGUGGAUAUAGGUUCGUCUGUAGCACCACCCAUGGUCAGGGAUUUUGUAACCAUUCUGCAGUGAAGCAAAGUGAAAUUUAAAUAAUAGAAAUAAAUUACUAUCUUUUCUUGGUAUGUCUUUCCCCCAAAA